ACUCGCCUGCGACCCCGCCUGCGCAAGACAUCAUGCUGAUGACUGGGCGCCGCGGUCUGGACUUGCUGGGGCUGCGGCGCCUUUGGAGGCGCCUCGGGAUUGGGACUUACUCAUUUCUGCACCCUUUUGGGCCGCAGUGUUUUGAGGAAGCCAGGUCACUGUGUUACAAGUCCUCGCCUAGAGACACACAAGAUGGAGAGCCAGAGCGCGAGGCGGCACGGAGGGAGACCUCCGAGUCAGCGUCGUCCCCACCUCUCCCUUUCCGCGACCAGAACGUUGGGGUCGGAUGUCUGUCGUCGCUGGAAAGCCUCAGACUGCGGAGGUCGCGGCAGGUGUCAGCCCCUCGGGAUCGCGGGGACUCCAGCGGACAGCGGAGCCAGCCCGAUCCUCUGCGGUGGGAAAGUGGGUUUCCCUCGCCGCCCGACCUGGCCCGGGCAGCAUGCGAGGCCGAAGAGCUUUACGUCUCCCCUUCCUGCUCAACUUCCAGAGAGGGACCCUUUCGAGCUGGAGAGCUGAUUUUAGCUGAGACUAUGAAGAGAGAAACUCACUUUAAAAAGUUAUUUAGGUUGAGCCACGUCGGACACUUAAAUAGUAUGUGGGGAAUAGUCCCGUUCAGCAAGAUUGUGGGAAAGUUCCCCGGCCAGAUACUGACGAGUUCCCUUGGUAAGCGUUUCAUGCUGCGGAGACCAGCAUUGGAAGACUAUGUAUUACUGAUGAAAAGAGGGACUGCCAUAACAUACCCAAAGGACGUGAACAUGGUACUGAUGAUGAUGGAAAUCAGCCCAGGCGAUACUGUUUUAGAAGCUGGCUCUGGCUCUGGUGGAAUGAGCUUAUUUUUAUCCAAAGCAGUUGGAUGCCAAGGACAAGUCAUAAGUUUUGAAAUACGAAAGGACCAUCACGAUCUGGCCAAGAAGAAUUACAAACACUGGCGUGAUUCAUGGAAAUUAAGUCAUGUAGAAGAAUGGCCAGAUAAUGUGAAUUUCAUUCACAAGGAUAUUUCAGGAGCAGCUGAAGACAUACAAUCUCUAACAUUUGAUGCGGUAGCUUUGGAUAUGUUAAAUCCUCAAGUUGCAUUGCCUGCUUUAUACCCACGUCUGAAACAGGGUGGUGUAUGUGUUGUGUAUCUAGCAAACAUCACACAGGCUAUUGAACUUUUAGAUGGAAUUUGCCUCUGUGAGCUUGCUCUCUCGUGUGAAAAGAUAAGCGAGGUCACUGUCAGAGACUGGUUGGUUUGCUGUGCAAAACACAGAAAUGGAAUUAUACCUCAAAAAGUAGAACCUAAAAUCAACACAGAUUUACAGUUACAUUCUGCAAAGAAAACUGAAGAUGAAGGUGAGGUGCUUCAAGAAGAUAAACAUGAAGAAUCACAAUCUGAUUUCCCAUAUGGGUCCUUUCCCUAUAUUGCGAGACCUGUGCACUGGCAAACUGGACAUACAGCUUUCCUUGUCAAGUUAAGGAAGGUCAAACCACAAUUUAACUGAGUAUCUCAGACGACAGCAAUGGAUUUGAAGACAAAAAAGUAUCAAAGGAGAACUUUAUAUUGUUACUCACUACUUUCAUAUAUUGAUAUUUUUUAGCUAUUACUAUGAUUUGUGUAACUUUUACAUAAAAGUUUGAAAAAUAACAAAAGCUAAAGAAAACUGUGUAACAUUGUAAAAUUGCUUAAGUGUCCCAUUUUGACACUUGUCUUGUAUUUUACAUUUCAUAGCUAAUGAUUCCAAGUUGCUUUAAUUGAACCAUCUUAUUCUUCACUUCCUGUAAACCACUCCAUAGAUUUGUCUUUCUUCAUGAAAUUACUUUCCUUUUCUUUGCUUGCUUGAUGGUCAUUGGCUACUGAAAUAAAAUAGGCAUUUUAAGAUAAAUUUUAAAUACAUAUUUGUAUCUGUAUAUCUUAAAUACAUACCUUGUGCAUAUUUUAAAAAUAAUACAUCUGGGCUAUAGUAAAAUUGAUAAAACAGGAUAUAAUCACCUUAAAAUUAUUAUUUUUUUAAUGUAAUUUUUAAAAAAAAUUCUGAUUAUUGAACCCAAGGGCCUCAAGUGUUAUACAUGCUUAAGUACAUGAGCUAUGUACUUCGGGAUUGACAAUUCCUCUCAAAAUCUUUGUACCCAAUUUGAAAGAACAUCAGAGUCAUUAUAUAUAAGUAAAAUGUAGAAAUAUGUUAGACAUGAAUUCAUUAGAAAUAGGGCUUAUUAUCAUUUGUAUCAGUUAUUUUGCAGUUACUAUAUACCACACAUUGUUUAAAGAACUUUAUAAAACCUUUGCUUAGUAGGUGUAGAAACAGCAGGCUCUAGCUGUGACUCAAUCAUGCCUCCCCAUAUGUGGUGAAUUCCAAUACUGCAGAUCCUAGAAAGAUACCACCCACCUGGACACCUCAGUGUGGAAGAAUUUUUUGGACUCAUUUUUCUUUUACUUUGUUUUUGUUUUGUUUUGUUCUUUGUUUUAUUCUUUAAUUAGAUUUCUUUUUUUCACUUUUCUUUCUUCCUCAUUGUCCUUUUCUUUUUUAAAUUUUACUUUGUCUUCCAUUUUUCUUCCCCUCUCCAUUUUUAUUAUUACUAUUAACCUUUAUAAAAUUUUAGCCUUUUAGUUUAUAUUAUUAUUGCUGAUUUCUGUCAUCAGUGGUGGCAUAGUUGUUGCUUUUACUUGGUUUUUACUGUAUGUCAAUAUCUGAUUUGUAGAUCAUAUGAUCCUAUACUUAGAAGACCCUAAAGACCUCACCAAGAGACAUUUAGAGCUGAUGAAUGAAUUCAGUAAAGUGACAGUAUAUAAAAUCAGCAUAGCUUUUUGUACACCAAUAAUAGAGUUGCUGAGAAAGAAACCAGGAAAACAAUUCCAUUCACAAUAGCUUACAACAAAAAAAAGUAAAACCCCUAGGGAUGAAUUUAACCAGAGAAGUUAAAGCCCUCUACAAUGUAAAUUCAUGAUACUGAAGAAAGUAACUGAAGAAGACACCAAAAGAUGCAAAGAUCUUCCAUAUUCAUAAAUUGGUGGAAUCCAUAUUGUAGGCCAUAUUACCAAAAGUGAUCUACAGAUUCAAUGCAGUCCUCAUCAAAAUACCAAUGACAGAACUAGAAAAACAUUCUAAAAUUUAUAUGGAAACUGUCUUAGUUACUUUUUGGUCACUGAGACACAACACCUGACACCCACAAGUUAAAGGAGAGGGUUAGUUCUGGCUCACAGUUGUAGAGGUUUCUGUUCAUAGUUGGCUGGCAGGUAGGUAGGAAGCAGGGCAGAAAGGGAAGGAGGAGGAGGGAUAUACACCAUUCCAGGUCACACCCACAGUGACACAGCAGGCUUCGCCUCCCAACGUCACACCCAGCUAUAAACCCAUCAUGGAUUAAUUCAGUAUAUCACACACCCAUGAUCCAGUCACCUCCCCAGAGCCCACCUAUGAGCACAUGUGACUUGGGGACAUCUGGAUAUAAGCCAUAACAGAUACACAAAAGGCCCAGAAUAGCCAAAGCAAUCUUAAGCAAAAAGCAGAGUUGGAGGGCCAGGGAUUUAGCUCAGUGAUUUCGCUGCCUGCUAUGCAAGCCCAAGGACCCAAGUUUGAUCCCCGGUACCAAAAAAACAAAAACAAAACAAAACAAAACAAAAAACAGAGUUGGAGGCAUCAAAAUACCUGAUUUUAAAUUACACUACAAAACCAUAGUAACAAAAAUAGCAUGGUACUGGCACAAAAAAUAAGAUCAAUGAACAGAAUAGAAGGCAGAAACCCACACAACUACAGCCAUUUGGCUCUGGACAAAAAAGCACCCCCCCCCCCAAAAAAUACACUGGAGAAAAGACAACAUCU